AAAUGAUGGCUGAUGAAGACGAGGAAGUCAAGCAGGUCUUGCAGAAAUUGCAGGAACUGGUGGAUCAGCUGUAUUCGUUUCGAGAGUGCUAUUUUGAGACACAUAGUGUUGAGGAUGCUGGAAGGAAGCAACAGGAUGUGCGGAAGGAGAUGGAGAAGACCCUGCAGCAGAUGGAGGAAGUAGUGGGUAUGAGUGGCAAGGAGCGCACAACCCCCUGCCCUUCACCGAAAUGUGGUUCUGUCCAGGGCAAGGCACAGGUUCUGAUGCUGACUGGGAAGGCACUGAAUGUGACUCCAGACUACAGUCCUAAGGCUGAGGAGCUUCUGUCAAAGGCUGUGAAGCUGGAGCCCAAGCUGGUGGAAGCCUGGAACCAGCUGGGAGAGGUGUACUGGAAGAAAGGCGAUAUUGCGGCUGCCCACACCUGCUUCUCAGGAGCCCUGACCCAUUGCAAGAACAAGGUCUCUCUUCAAAACCUGUCCAUGGUGCUUCGCCAGCUGCGAACUGACACUGGAGAUGAACAUUCUCGUCAUGUCAUGGACAGUGUCCGACAGGCUAAGUUGGCUGUGCAGAUGGAUGUCCACGAUGGCCGCUCCUGGUAUAUUCUGGGGAAUGCGUAUCUUUCUCUUUACUUCAAUACUGGCCAGAACCCUAAGAUCUCCCAGCAAGCCCUCAGUGCCUAUGCCCAAGCAGAGAAGGUUGACAGGACAGCUUGCAGCAAUCCUGAUCUUCAUCUGAACAGGGCAACGUUACAUAAAUAUGAAGAGAAUUAUGGGGAGGCCCUGGAGGGCUUCUGUCGGGCUGCAGUACUGGACCCUGCCUGGCCAGAGCCCCGGAGACGAGAGCAGCAACUUCUGGAAUUCUUGAAUAGAUUAACCAGCCUCCUUGAGAGCAAGGGAAAGGUGAAGGCCAAAAAGUUGCAGAGCAUGCUGGGAAGCUUGCGCCCAGCCCAUCUAGGCCCCUGUGGCGAUGGGCGCUACCAGUCAGCCUCUGGGCAGAAAUUGACCCUGGAGCUCAAGCCACUGAGUGCCCUACAGCCUGGGGUGAACAGUGGUGCUGUGGUCCUAGGAAAGGUGGUGUUCAGCCUCACCACAGAGGAGAAGGUCCCCUUUACAUUUGGCCUGGUAGAUUCAGAUGGACCUUGCUAUGCAGUGAUGGUGUAUAACAUGGUACAGAGUUGGGGAGUGCUCAUUGGGGACUCUGUAGCCAUUCCCGAGCCCAACCUCCGGCUUCACCAAAUUCAGCACAAAGGAAAAGACUAUUGCUUUUCCAGUGUUCGUGUGGAGACACCCCUCCUGCUGGUGGUGAAUGGGAAGCCUCAGGGCUCCAGCAGUCAGGCUGCUGCCACAGUGGCAUCUCGGCCCCAGUGUGAAUGACCUUACCUGACUUGCAUGCUAAGGAGUCGGGUUGAGAGGAGAAGCUCACGGGCACUUAGCAGCUGGACCACCUACAUCCCAUGACUCAGCCAGGCUGCGGGGGAUGUUUGAGAUGAUGACUUUUCCUUUCCUCUGCCCUGUGAGACACUGUGUGUCUCUUCUUUUCCUCCUUUUAUCCUGUUCAAGCUCUCUCUGAGGCCACACACUCCUUGGUGUAAUACCUGCAGCCUCUUUCAUUGCUCUUCUGUGUUUUAGGCAAAGAGCAUGGAAUUGGUAGAAGUGUGGGAUCUUGCCAUGGGAUGGUGUUCCCAAGGUUCUUGUUCUUGCCUCCCUCCUGAGCCUCAUGUGUAUAUAUCAUUUCAGUAUUUAUUGCUGAGGGAGGGGGCUUAAUUUUUUAAUGGCUUGGUUUUUUUUUUUUUUUCAAUUUUUAUUUU